UUUGAAUAUUGUUAAAAUGAGCAUUGUCCUGUAUGGCCUCACGCUUUGGGGUGGAGCCACAGAUGUUUCACGAGUGUUACUCAUUCAGAAGAGGGCCCUGAGGAUCCUUUGUGGUGCUGAGCGUCUUGCCCAUUGUCGUCCCCUCUUUGUGAGAGAGAGAAUCCUCACAGUCUUCUCCCUCUAUGUACUUCAGACCCUCUGCAGAACACAUGCAAAUGUGGGGGAGCUUGUAACAAGGCAGAAUUUUCACUCACAUGAGACUAGAGGGAGACAGAGGCUGGAUGAGCCCUACCAAAGACUGAGCAGGACACGAUCGAGCUAUGGUCAUCUAUCUGUCAGGCUCUUCAACAAGCUGCCGGUGAUGGCUAGGAAUCUGCCUGCCGGCAAAUUUCGGAGGGUCCUGGGAGACUUAUUGCUGAAUAAUCCUUUGUACUCACUCCGUGAGUUUUUCAUGUUGGACAGCAGCUUGAAAAAGCCUUGUGAUUUACCUCUCGUUAUCACUCUAAAUGAAGUGACAUACACUCUAAGAGGUUUUCUGGGAGUCUGUGGGAAAACAUCAAGCAUCACAAGUAUUGGACAUUAUGUUGCUUAUGUAAGACGGGGCAAUGAUACAUGGGAGCUAUACGAUGACACUAAAGACUCCAAGAUUUGUGUGUCGCCAAGCAAAUCGGUACCCUGUCAAGUAUUGGUCUAUACAGUUUAAUGCAAGAUAUGUUGCUAACUGGCGUAGGCUACUGAUAUUUAUUGCUGACUGGUUUAGGUUGUGAAUUAAUUAGUGAUUUAAAAGUG